CCGUAAUUGUCUAUCCACAAGAAAACGCUCACGUGGCGGUGUGCGGUCGAGUCCAAGCAACAGAAAUCGCGCAAUCACCGCCUCACUCCCGUCUCAGCCUUGAAUCCUCGCAUCGUCAUGCGCGUGGCUCAGUUGAAGGCACCGACAAACGAUGCAUGGCAUUCGGACCCAGGAGGGUUUGACAGCGGUGACCUUGGCAGCGUGAGCGUGUUUGUCCAGAUGCAUCGCAUGAACGAUCCCCGGGAACGCAAGAUCAAGCUGGUGAUGAAGCCUUGGGCAUGCGUCAAAGACAUGAAGGACCGCCUGCAAGCCAUGUUCGGCAUCCCCACGGCAGCGCAGCAACUGUACUACAAGGGCACGGAGCUCGCCAACCCGCGCAACUUGGUGCAGUGCGGACUCUAUGCAGACAAGGUCGUAGUGGACCUUGUGCUGUCGGCAAACGGCCGCCAGAAUCGCGCCAACAUGUUCACGAUCCAUCCCUACGGCAACCACGUGUUUCCACGGUCCAUCAUGAAGGCCGCCCACUUGGCAAUGCAAGGACUAGCUUUGGGCUUUACCCCUGAACUGGCCAUGGAUGGCACCGGCGGCACAUACUUCCUAAAAGACCCAGCGCAGCGCAAAAUCGUGUGCUUCAAGCCUCAGAACGAAGAGCCUUUCGGUCCGUGUAACCCACGGGGCUUCGUGGGGUCGCUGGGGGAAGCGGGUUUUCGCAAGGGCGUGCUGAGUGGCGAAGCAUGUGAGCGGGAAGUGGCUGCUUUCUUGCUUGACAAGGAUCAUUUUGCCAGCGUUCCUGCUACGACGUUGGCAGAAAUCAAACACCCUGCGUUUAAAAACAGCGACAGUGGCAACGUCGUGUACAAGAUGGGCAGUUUGCAGGAAUUUGUGCGACACGACGACGUGGCCAGCGAUCUGUCACCGAGUCUGUUUACACCGCACCAAGUCCACAAAAUAGUCCUCUUGGACAUGCGAUUGGUCAACACAGAUAGAAACGAUGGAAAUCUCCUGGUGCGACGUCGGCGGCUGCCGGACGGCAAAGCCGAGCACGAGCUCAUUCCGAUCGAUCACGGGUACAGCAUCCCCGACACCAUCGAGAUUGCGUGGUGCGACUGGUGCUGGUACAAUUGGCCCCAGCUCAAGGUGCCGCUGAGCGAUGUCGACAGGCAGUACAUUCUGAACCUGAACGUCGAGCUCGAGAUUCAAAACGUGCUAACUCAUGUGCCAUUGCGACCGGCUUGUCGAAGAAACCUCCGAGUGGCGGGAUUAUUGGUUGAAAAGGGGGUGCGCCGUAGGGUAUUGCUGUACGAUUUGGCCAGAAUCAUGUGUCGAGAUGACAUGGACACGCCCUCUACCCUCGAGAACCUCGUACAUGUGGCCAUGACCCAUGCUUUGGAGCUGCACCCGGUGCCGCCACCCAUCGUCGUCGAUCAAGUGUAUCCUAGUACGCUUCCUAGUACUACUACUAGUACUACCUCGUACGUGGGUUCGAGUUGUGUUGCUAUAUAGGAUCUAACAAUCCUACUACUACUAUAGAGUGAGCAGUAAUAACAACGUUCCAGUGGCCGCCGCCUCUCCCGCGGCGCUUCGCAUCAUCACGACAGCGCCACCGAAUCCUUUGAACCAGGAAGAUCACCAUGAAUUCGACAGCCUCAAGUCACCCCUGGGGUUUUGGGCAUCGCUCGAUCCGUUUGAUAUCCCGGCGUCCUCUGUACCGAUGAGCCCGACAUGCUUCACCAGCCCCCGACAUCAUGUCGAGAGUCUGCCGUCAUGGGAGCAGCUCUGCCAAGGCUUCCACGCAGAUGCCCAGCAAGUGUUUAAGCCGACAACUACCCCCAAGUAUCAUCAUCUACAGGGACGCCCGUUGGGUGCGCGGGAAGAGAAGCUGUUCUUUCGAUGGCUCGAUCACUUGAUCGAGGACGAGCUCCGCGCCAUCCUCGAUAGAUAUGCCAAGAACCUGUAGCACCAACAAUAGCUAGCUAGCUUCGUACUAAUCAACCAUUCUCAUGAGUACAACCCA